GACAAAUCCCUAGAGCAGUAGCGCCGCCCCUACCCGCGACGAUGCCACGCAAACUGAGGUCAUCGAUGGGUGCGGCACCAUCCCCGACUGCGGGUGGCGAAAGUCACACAUCCGAAAGGAGUCCGGCAGCCAGCAGAAGGUGGACUCGAUCCAGAGCGAGGGAUAUAGGGUUGGAUGCUACCGACCACCCUAGAGCUGAUCCCGAAGCGCCGGCGGGAGCGGCUCUGAAGAAGAGGAAGAGAGUACAGGCGGCGGCGUCAGCGUCGGCAGGUCCGGUUCCGAAGAAGACACGGUUGGGGGAAGGGCAACCACCCGCCACCGCCAGUACAACCCUGGCCUCCCGGCCGCUCCCUCCUCGCUACCCUCCCUAUCCCACUGCGCCGGUGGUGGGGGGGCAGCGCAUUCUUACUAAGAAACAUAGGAAAGCUGUCUUUGAGUGGAUGGAUGAGUGCCGCCGUAUCGCCAAACUCUCGAGAAAUCAAGCUGAAAUUGAAGAUAUCCCGACUCUCAGAGAUGAGCCCAGCGAUCCGCUCACUGCUGAUACCGUGGUCAGCUCCGCAGACAAGGCAGUGGUGCUGCGUGUGGCUCGCUCCGUUGUCAGCGUUUCAUCCACAAAGCCUGACGGGAAGAAGGUUUUCCUGUGCAGUGGCUUCGUCAUUGAUUGGGAUGGAGCCAACAAGUGCUCCAGGAUCCUGACCUCUUCUUUUCUUGUAUGUAACAUCAAGGGUGAAUUACAUGACCCAGCGCUCAAGCUAUCCGUUUGUUUGCCGAAUAAUACUAUCACAGAAGCACAGUUGAUAUUCUUCAAUGUUCAUUAUGGUGUCGCUCUUUUGGAGGUUGUGGGAGAUUUCCAGUUGCAGAUCCCUUCCUUUGGCUCAAGCGCAAACUAUGGUCAGGAUGUAUCUGUAUUGGCUAGGGAUGGAAACAUGUCCUUAAUGGUUAGGCAUGGAACGAUCUCAUGGCUGGAUUAUCCAAUGUUAUGUUACAACCAUUUUAUGUUUCUGAGCUGUGAUAUUCCUAAGGGUGCUGCAGGAGGGCCAGUGAUUGACCAUGAUGGUAAUAUAAGUGGUAUUGCCCUUGAUAUAAAACCGGGUCCAGUUGUUACCUCCAUCAGUACAAUCAAAACCUGCAUUGAUAUGUGGCAUCAGUCUAGCCGUGUUGCUCGCCCCAUGCUUGGCAUGCAAUUGAAGGCAGUGGAACUACUGGAUGUCGCCAGACGAGAGGAACUCUGUCUUAAGUACAAUAUCACUGGCGGUUUCAUUGUGAAUCUGGUGAAAGAUGAUUCUACCGCUGAGAGGAUUGGUAUCAGAAGAGGGGACGUGAUUGUUUUUGAGAAUAAUUGUUCUACUUUACCUCAGUUAGAAGAUUACCUUCUUUCUCUUGGUUGGGGAUACCUGCAAGGGACAAGUUUGACAGUAGAUCUCAAGAUGGAAGUUCAUAAUCUCGUUGACUCGUAUAAGGAAUGUAUUACUUUCCCUGUAGAGUUCUCUGAAUCGUCUGAGGAGGUCGACUGAUGGUGUAUGACUCGAAAGAGGUGCUGCAGGAGAUGGAACUGACCAAGACUAAUAUGACUGACCAAGGAGGGAUGUGCGAUAUACUUGUGCUUUUGCGAUAAUUUUGCGAGGCUCGUUAGCAACCUCUGUCUAAAUGGCUGUGCUAAUGUUUUGGACGAGAUUGCCUCGUACGCUCUUUACCGAAGACAAUGCCAACCUGUAUAGCAAGCUCUGUUGAUUGGCAAUUUUGCAUAAAAAUUAUGCUCCAACAGAAUGGUUAUAUGACUUGCCAUGCCACUUGAAUGGCUAAACUUGAGUCUUUAAUGGUCAAAUCUAGCAUCUCAUUCUCCUGCUAGCAUUGCUAUUCAUGGGUCCCACGUGAGUGUGAUCCAUUAGUCAUCCUCUCCUUGUCAAGAUUUGGAGAGUAAGAUAGGUAGUCUCUUGGAGAUGCUAUAUGAAUUUAAGUUGCCAAAACUAAAAUGAAUGGCUAAAAUUUGAUUUAGAGAGUCAAUUUAGCCCUUUUUUUGAGAUGUUCUUACUACUAUCCGUAUAUGUUCAGAGGAUCC